AAACCCAAACCAAAAAAGAACCUCCUCCUCUUCCUGCUUUCUCUGCUCUCUGCUUCCUUCCUUUUCUUUAAGCUUUUGCUUGAUGUUUCUGUGCAGGCCAACAGAGCCUCUUCUCUUCUCUGUUGAACGAGCCACAUGGUGGUAGCAUGAGAGAAACAAUUCCCUUCUCCAGAAGAAGCUCUUGAAAGAAAAGCAAGAAAAAGAAAAGUUGGCAUAAAGAAAAGGAGGCAGUGAGAGAGGAGAAAUGGUGGCAUAGAAGGUGGCCUUGUGUUGGGCCCAAAGGGAACCAUUGCUUCACCCACAAGCCCCCCUUCUCCUCCCCCUCUCUCCUUUCCAUGCCCCCCCCCCUCUUCCCCUCCUCCUCCUCCUCCUCCACCUCCUCCUCUUCCUCUUCCUUGGGAUGUAUGCACACUCACCUUCUUUCUUUGACCACCUCUUCCAUGCAUGAGUUCCCCCCAUCGAGUAUUUAAGCCUCACUCUCUGCUUCCUCCUCCUUUCUUCGUCUCCCUCUCGUCAUGGCUUCGUCCUCUCCCACAACCUUCUUCUUGAAAUGGGCACUACUGCUCUGCUCGCUCUGCCCGGCCCUCGCCGGCCCGUCCUCCUCCUGCCACCCCGCCGACCUGCAAGCCCUCGCGGAAUUCGCCGGAAACCUCACUGCCGGUUCCAUCCUGUCCAACUGGUCUCGCCCCGAGCUCUGCUGCAGCUGGGACGGCAUCGUCUGCUCCGAGGCCAGCGGUCGAUCGUCCGGCCCUGGCCGCCGCGUCGUGGAGCUCCUCCUUUCCGGUCGCGGACUGAGCGGAGUCCUCGCGAGCUCCAUGGACCGGCUCGAGGUUCUCGAUCUCAGCUUCAAUGCGCUGUCGGGGUCGAUCGCUGCCGUUGGCCGCAUGACGGCGCUGCGGGCCGUGAACCUUUCCUCCAACAACUUCAGCGGGCCUCUUCCGGACCUCACAUCGCUGCCUGCUCUCGCCGUCUUCAAUGUCAGCAACAACUCGCUCGCGGGUCCGAUCCAUCCCGACAUUUGUGCCGGCGCUGCAGCGAUCGAGGUUCUUGAUCUGUCGGUGAACUCGUUCUCAGGGCCACUCCCUGACGAAACGGUAGCUGAGUGCAGCGCGACGCUGCGGGAGCUGUACCUCGGCUACAACUCCCUCUCAGGUGACCUCCCCGACUCUCUCUUCGAUUUCGUUGCAUUGGAGAAGUUGUCGCUCGCCUCGAACGAUCUCUCGGGACAACUCGGCGAGAGGUUGAGCAAGCUCUCUAGCCUUCGAACACUCAUCGUUUCGGGUAACCGGUUCUCGGGCCCCCUCCCCAAUGUGUUUGGAAACCUUACCAAGCUCCAGCAGUUGGUUGCACACUGCAAUACCUUCAAUGGAACCCUUCCUCGAUCGUUGGAACUCUGUGCAAUGCUUAGGGACCUUGAUCUCCGGAACAAUUCUAUUUCAGGUUCCAUUAAUCUUGAUUUCUCACGAAUGAAGUUGCUCACAUCACUUGAUCUCGCCACAAACCAUUUUUAUGGCCAUCUUCCUGUUAGCCUUUCGGAUUGCCAAGCAUUAAAGACCCUAAGCCUUGCUAAGAACGGUCUCUCUGGUCAGGUCCCCGAGGAAUUUGGGAAUCUUUCAUCUCUUACUUUGCUCUCAUUGUCUAAUAAUAGCUUCCAGAAUGUAUGGACAGCUUUGGAGAUCCUCCAAAGGUGCAAGAACCUCACCACACUUAUCCUCACCAAGAAUUUCCUCGGAGAAGAGAUUCCUGACAUUCCUCUGAGGUUUGAGAACUUGGAGGUUCUCGCUAUUGGAAACUGCGCCCUUACUGGCCAACUCCCGCUCUGGCUAUUGGAUUGCAAGAGGUUGCAAGUCUUGGAUUUGUCAUGGAACCACUUGACCGGUGGAAUUCCUCCUUUGAUCGGGCAGCUUGACAAUCUAAUUUACUUGGACAUCUCAAACAAUUCCCUGACUGGUGAAAUCCCCAAGAAUUUGACACAGCUGAAGAGUCUGAUUAAUAUUAGCAGCUCAGCAACAAGGUCUUCGAUUGGCUUGCCAUUAUAUGUUAAGCGCAAUCAGAGCAUCAGCGGUUUGCAAUACAAUCAACUGUCAAAUUUUCCUCCAUCGUUGUACUUGAAUGAUAAUGGCUUCAACGGGAUGAUUUGGCCGGAAUUUGGGAACUUGAAGGCACUCCAUGUCUUAGACAUGAGCAAUAACAGUAUCACAGGGAGCAUUCCAGAUACGCUUUCUGAGAUGUCAAAUCUGGAGGUACUGGAUUUGUCAUACAAUGAACUUAAUGGAUCUAUUCCUGCAUCCUUGAGCAAGCUCAAUUUUUUAUCAAAGUUUAGCGUAGCCCAUAACAAUUUGAAAGGAGAGAUUCCAACCGGGGGCCAAUUCUUCAGUUUUUCCAACUCUAGUUUUGAUGGAAACCCAGGACUGUGUCGGUCACCAUGUCCUUCUAACAAAACUCAAGCACUGGGGCUGAGUCCUGAAAUUCCAUCAAAUAUGAACAAUAAGUUUGGAAAAACCGGCAUACUUAAUAUAACUAUUGGCAUCGGUGUUGGUAUUGCAUUUCUUUUAGCUGUUGUCUUGUUUAAAAUGUCGCGGAAGGAUGCUGGUGUUCCAGUAGAUGAGGUUGAAUUGGAAGAUGGAUCAUAUACAUCAUCCGAAUUGGGUUCCAAGCUGGUACUUUUCUUUCAAAACUCUGAUGCGAAAGAGCUUACGAUCAAUGAUCUUCUGAAAUCUACAAAUAACUUUGACCAAUCAAAUAUAAUUGGCUGUGGAGGAUUUGGGCUGGUCUACAAGGCAUAUCUUCCAGAUGGUACAAAAGCUGCAAUCAAGAGGCUUUCUGGUGACUGUGGACAGAUGGAACGAGAAUUCCGUGCAGAGGUGGAAGCACUCUCCAGGGCUCAGCAUAAGAACCUCGUCUCCCUGAAAGGCUAUUGCAGGUGUGGGAAUGAUAGAUUGCUGAUUUACACCUACAUGGAAAAUGGAAGUCUGGACUACUGGCUUCAUGAGAGGGCUGAUGGUGGAUCUUUACUCAAGUGGGAGGUCAGGUUGAAGAUUGCCCAGGGAUCAGCAAGGGGAUUGGCUUACUUGCACAAGAUCUGUGAGCCCAACAUCAUCCACCGAGAUGUUAAAUCAAGCAACAUUUUGCUGGAUGAUAGAUUCGAAGCCCAUCUGGCAGAUUUCGGCCUGGCGAGGCUUAUCGAUCCCUACAAAACUCAUGUCACCACUGACCUGGUUGGAACCUUAGGGUACAUUCCUCCUGAGUACAGCCAAACAUUGACAGCUACUCUGAAGGGUGAUAUCUUCAGCUUCGGAGUCGUUCUAUUGGAGCUUCUCACCGGUAGAAGGCCUGUGGAUAUUUCCAAGGCGAAAGGUUGCAGAGAUUUGGUUUCGUGGGUGCUUCAGAUGAAAUCCGAGAAGAAGGAAGAGCAGAUGUUCGAUACAGUAAUUUGGAACAAGGCCCACGAAAAGCAGCUCUUAUCAGUGCUGGAGACUGCUUGCAGGUGCAUCAGCCCAGAUCCGCGGAACAGGCCAUCGAUAGAUCAAGUUGUCUCGUGGCUUCAUGCUGCUGGCUCUGAUGGAUGAUGUUUUAAAUUUAUAAUCUCUUUCCGAUGCAUCUGCUCCUAAGUUUCAAAAGAAUGGUGAAGUAAACUGAGUCAGUUUUGGCCAAAAAUAGGUUGUAAAUAAAUGUGCUCUCUCCCAUAUCUCUUAGACAAGAAAGCAGAAUAUAUCUCAACCCUUCUUGGACUUGUUAUCCAAAAGUCUCUUUUCAUCUGCUCCACCUCCUACAUGCUAGUUUUUCUUUCUGUUACUAUUAGCACUAAAAUGGCUAAGCUUAUGGUCUACAGAUGUUUAUCUGGUCACAUGAAAUCUAGACUGAGCUUGCUUAAUUUGCUUCGAUCCUAUAUAUGAGAUUGCCAGGUUGAUGUUUA